CGGUUUGAUAUUUAGUCCAUCGUCGGCAGCACAUAGCCACCGAUUAGUUCUAUCAUAAUAUGCUAAUAUUCUACUUACACGUCGAAUCCCAAUGAUACCUGAAGUCGUCAUCUGAUUUGAAUCCGUGGUCAUUUAGUUUUUUGACGUUAUUUUCAUAUAUUGUCACCGCUUUUUAUCACAAAAAAAAAAAAAAAUGCCGGAUUUCGACAGCAUCGGAGAGGACGUUUCGAACUGCGGGCCGAAGGUACAUUUACAGUGGGCUUCCGGAUCGCAACCGGUCAGGAAGUUGAGCGUUGUAUCGUUACUGCCCAAUAAGUUAAAGGAUUUCAUUGAGGAAAGCGUGCGGCUGUGCAGGCCGUCGAACUUGCACGUUUGUGAUGGAUCUGAUGCCGAAAACGCGAUGCUCAUUGAACGUCUAUUGGAAAACCACACCAUCGUUCCGCUACCCAAAUACAAAAACUGCUUUUUGGCCAGAAGCAGUCCCAGGGACGUUGCUAGGGUGGAGAGCCGGACGUUCAUAUGUACUAAGAACAAGAGGGAUGCAGUUAAUGUGCCAAGGGGUUCGACCAAGGGGAUGCUGGGAAACUGGAUGAGUUUAGAGGAUGCGGACAGGGCUGUUGCCGAACGGUUCCCAGGAUGUAUGGAGGGUAGGACUAUGUACGUUAUACCAUUCAGCAUGGGACCUCUGGACUCACCGUACUCAAAACUUGGAGUCCAACUCACAGACUCAGCGUAUGUCGUGUGUUCGAUGCGCAUCAUGACCAGGAUCGGCACCAAGGUGCUGGAAAAACUUGACUCUCCCGACGAUAGUGGCAACGGUGUGGGUUACUUCGUUAAGGCCUUACAUUCAGUCGGCCAUCCUGCCGAUGGUCCAGUCCAACAUCCACACUGGCCCUGUGAUCCCGAUCGUACCAUCAUCCUGCAUAAGCCCGAGAUGGACGAAAUCAUUAGUUAUGGAAGUGGAUACGGCGGCAACUCACUCUUGGGUAAGAAGUGUUUCGCUUUAAGAAUUGGUUCGUCAAUAGCUCAUCGCGAGGGUUGGCUUGCAGAACACAUGCUGAUCUUGGGCGUGACUAAUCCGAAGGGUCGGAAACGGUACGUAGUAGCUGCGUUUCCUAGUGCCUGUGGCAAGACCAACAUGGCAAUGAUGCGACCCACACUUCCAGGUUACAAGGUGGAGUGUGUGGGUGAUGACAUCGUAUGGAUGCGGUUUGACCGGAAUGGACAGCUGAGGGCCAUUAACCCAGAAUUUGGGUUCUUUGGUGUGGCGCCUGGCACGUCUAGGACCACAAACCCUGUAGCUAUGGAUACCGUGUUUGAGAAUACUAUAUUUACCAAUGUAGCACAAACCAGCGAUGGUGGUGUAUACUGGGAAGGAAUGGAUAAACUGGAGCCUGGAGUUACCAUCACAGACUGGCAAGGUAAUCCAUGGACACCUGGCAGCAGCACACCGGCAGCGCACCCAAAUUCGAGGUUUUGCACACCAGCCGAACAGUGUCCGAUUAUCGACGCUGAUUGGCAAUCUCCAGAUGGUGUACCAAUUGACGCCAUCUUGUUCGGUGGUAGACGUCCAUCUGGUGUGCCUCUGGUAUACGAGGCAUUUGACUGGAAACAUGGGGUGUACGUUGGUGCUUCCAUGAAGUCUGAAGCCACUGCAGCUGCCGAGCACAAGGGCAAAGAAAUCAUGCAUGACCCAUUUGCCAUGCGGCCAUUUUUCGGAUAUAACUUUGGACACUACCUGCAGCACUGGCUGUCAAUGGAAACACCCAACGUCAAAGUGCCCAAAGUAUUCCACGUCAAUUGGUUCCGAAAAGAUGACCAAGGAAAAUAUAUGUGGCCAGGAUACGGUGAAAACUGUCGCGUUUUGGAUUGGAUUUUGCGACGAAUAGACAACGAACCACUCACAGCACAACCAACACCCAUCGGUUAUGUGCCUACCCGUGAAUCGUUCGACGUCCAUGGACUAAACAUAGACUUUGACGGACUAUUUUCUGUUCCCAUAGAUUUUUGGACGGAAGAGGCCAAAGAAGUGGCAAAUUUUUUGAAUGAACAGGUGGAUGAAGAUUUGCCAAAAGACGUACAAGAUCAAAUCGAUAGUCUGUUUAGACGUCUGAGUUCACCUCAACAAAAUUAACAAUUCACACUAACCUAUAGACUAUUCAAAUGUUCUCUUAUUGCCCAUUAAAGUUAUUGCAUAUAUUAUUUUUAAGUUAAUGAUUUAAAGUAAUUUUAAGUUUAAUUAAAUGUAUAAUCCUAAAUUAUUAAGUUUAUUUUUAUAAUUAUAUUAUUUAUAUACAAUA